CGGUAACGCAACGCAGCGCAGCGCACCGCCGGCAGGAGCGACAGGCGGGCAGGCAGGCAGGCAGGCAAGCAGGCGACGGCCGCGGACGAGGAGCGGCGCAGCAGCCCGGCCCCCCUCCCGCCUGCAGCCCGCCGCGCCACACGCGCAACUGAGCGGCCGCCCUCCGCCUCGCCACCGCCGCUCCGCCGGCCCCGGGCCAUGCCGGGGCGGCCAGCGAGGGAUGCCUCCGCCGCCGCCGUGAGCGGGACGCCGCCGUGAGCAGCCCGAGCGCGCCCCGCCUGCCGCGGACCGCGGAGUUUCCCCGCCGGGGCCGGAGUCCGGAAGCCCCGUGGAGGGCGGCGCAGCGUAGCGGGCUCGCCCGGGCCGCGAAAUGGAUACCGUCGCUGGCCUUGCGGGAUUUGUUCUCCUCUGCUUGGCCGGAUCCGGCGCCCUGGGGCAAGCAGCUCAAUCGUGUGGGGGCCGUUUGAAUUCCAAAGACGCUGGCUACAUCACUUCACCUGGCUACCCCCAGGACUACCCCUCCCACCAGAACUGCGAGUGGAUCAUUUAUGCUCCAGAACCCAAUCAGAAGAUUAUCCUUAACUUCAACCCUCACUUUGAAAUCGAGAAACACGAUUGCAAAUAUGACUUCAUUGAGAUACGAGAUGGGGACAGCGAUUCUGCUGACCUGCUGGGGAAGCAUUGUGGAAAUAUUGCUCCUCCGACCAUCACUUCAUCGGGCCCUUCCCUCUAUAUUAAAUUCACCUCUGAUUAUGCACGCCAAGGUGCUGGCUUCUCCCUGCGCUAUGAGAUCUACAAGACAGGUUCAGAAGAUUGUUCUAGAAACUUCACCAGCUCAAAUGGUACCAUUGAAUCCCCAGGAUUUCCUGACAAGUAUCCUCAUAAUUUGGACUGCAUUUUCACCAUCGUGGCCAAGCCAAAGAUGGAAAUCAUCCUUCAGUUUCUAACCUUUGACCUAGAACAUGACCCCUUGCAAGUUGGGGAGGGAGACUGCAAAUAUGACUGGCUGGACAUCUGGGAUGGAAUUCCUCAAGUUGGCCCCUUAAUUGGCAGGUACUGUGGCACCAAAACACCAUCAGAGAUCCGCUCAACAACCGGCAUCCUGUCUCUCACAUUCCACACAGAUUUGGCAGUGGCUAAAGAUGGCUUUUCAGCUCGCUAUUACUUGGUUCAGCAGGAGGUGCCAGAGAACUUCCAGUGCAACAUUCCCUUGGGGAUGGAAUCUGGCCGAAUCUCCAACGAACAGAUCACCGCCUCCAGUACGUACUCUGAUGGCAGGUGGACGCCGCAGCAGAGCCGGCUCAAUAGCGAUGACAAUGGGUGGACUCCUAAUAUGGAUAACAGCAGGGAAUACUUGCAGGUGGAUCUUCGCUUUCUAACGGUGCUGACAGCUAUUGCUACCCAGGGUGCCAUCUCUAGAGAAACACAAAAUGGCUACUACGUCCGUUCAUACAAGUUGGAGGUCAGCACAAACGGGGAGGACUGGAUGAUGUAUCGUCAUGGCAAAAACCAUAAAGUAUUCCAGGCAAACACUGAUGCUUCAGAAGUGGUUCUAAACAAAAUCCAUGCUCCAGUCUUGACUCGGUUUGUACGUAUUCGGCCCCAACUGUGGCACAGUGGAAUAGCCCUCCGAUUGGAGCUUUAUGGCUGCCGCAUCACAGAUUCGCCCUGCUCAAACAUGCUGGGGAUGCUUUCGGGACUUAUCCCCGACUCCCAGAUCUCAGCUUCAUCUACCAGAGAGUACCACUGGGCCCCCAGCGUAGCACGCCUUGUCAGCAGCCGCUCAGGAUGGUUCCCACGCAUACCUCAAGCACAGCCUGGGGAGGAAUGGCUGCAAGUAGAUCUGGGAGUCCCCAAGAACGUGAAAGGAGUGAUUAUUCAAGGGGCUCGGGGAGGGGACAGCAUCAACGUGGCAGAACCCCGAGCCUUUGUAAGGAAGUUUAAAGUGGCUGCCAGCUUGAAUGGGAAGGACUGGGAAUUUUUACAAGACCCCAAGACAAUGCAGCCUAAGACGUUUGAAGGCAAUAUGCACUAUGAUACCCCUGAAGUUCGAAGGUUUGACCCGGUUCCAGCACAGUACAUCAGGGUUCAUCCAGAAAGGUGGUCUCCAGCAGGAAUUGGCAUGCGCUUGGAGGUGCUUGGGUGUGACUGGACAGACGUAAAGUCCACUGCAGAAACACUGAAGCCCACUUUGAAAAGUGAGGAGACCACCACACAGUUUCCCACCGAUGAAGAAAUCACGGAAUGCAGCGAUGGCUGUAUGGAGAAUGGAGAUUUCCAGCUCCCUGUAGGAUUCAACUGUAACUUUGAUCUUCUUGGAGACCUUUGUGGUUGGACGCAUGAUGCAUCUACAGGAUUUACUUGGAAUUUCCAUUCCAGAAACACCUGGACUAGCCAUGUGGGACCAGGAAUCGGGGCCUACCCAGAUGGCAAGAACUACUUGAGGCUGCAGAGCAGCGCGAGAAGAGAAGGGCAACACGCUCGGCUGCUCAGCCCUGUGGUCUUCCUGCCCCGGAGCGCAUGGUGCAUGGUGUUCCAUUACCAGCUGUCUGGCGGGACUGGGACGACGCUCCAAGUGUGGCGGGAAGCAAUCCAUGAGAACAAGCCCCUGUGGAUCGUCAGGGGAGACCAGGGGGAGGAGUGGAGAGAAGGCAGGAUCCUUCUGAGGGGCUAUGACAUGGAGUAUCAGAUUGUGUUUGAGGGAAUUAUAGGCGAAGGACAUUCAGGGGAGAUUGCCGUCGAUGAUGUCCGAAUAGGCACUGAUAGUUCCCUGGAGAAUUGUAUGGAACCCAUCUCAGCUUUUCCUGGUGAACACACUUUUGGAAUUUCAGUGGAUUUCCCAAGGUUAGAGGAUGGUGUUUCAAUGCGUGGGGAAGAUUUUGGAGAAGACUCCGACGAUGAUUUCUUGGACCUAGACAAGAACUCCUCAGUAUAUUCUACCAACUCUCCGCUGACCCCCAAGGUGGACAAGGAGAAGAGCUGGCUGUACACUCUGGACCCCAUCCUGGUCACCAUCAUUGCCAUGAGCUCCCUGGGGGUGCUGCUGGGGGCCAUUUGUGCCGGCUUACUGCUGUACUGCACGUGCUCCUACACGGGCCUCUCCUCUCGGAGCUCCACAACUUUGGAGAAUUACAACUUUGAGCUUUAUGAUGGCAUCAAGCACAAGGUCAAAAUGAACCACCAAAAGUGUUGCUCUGAGGCAUGACUGAUUGCACCGGAAUCGCAUUUGACAUUUCAUUCCAGCAAGAGUGGCUGGUGAAGAUUACUUUUUAUAUGGGAACCGAAUGCCAUAAUCUUACACAAGCCAGUGCUGGAAUACUGAAGUGGGGAGGGGGUCACCAGGAGCCCUGUUGGGGGGGGAAAGAAAAGGAGGCGGGGGCAAGCAUGAACUUCCAAAGGAAGGCUGACAGUCUGCAAGGACCGCCGGCUCGUUGCUUGAAUAAGGACUGGGCUGGGAUGAAGAAGGGAGCUCUGACGCUGAGGAGGGGGUUUCCCCCCCAUGUCUUUUACAAGUGAAUCAGAUCCACAACAGUCAAAAUGUUUGGUUUGUGUUUAGGAAGUGAGAAGCAAAAUGUUGUUGAUUGUUGUUUCCCACUUCCUUUUCUCUAAUGGAAUGGCUGAGAAUUCCUCUCCCCCCGCCCUUUUUUUUUUGGGUGUGGCCAUUCCGUCUUCGUAAAUUAUACAGAAUUACACACACACACACACACACACACACACACACACACACACACACACAAAAGCCUCCCCUGUCCUUUUCAGAAAAGGCUCCUUGAUUUUAUUCUGUGGUGCAGGAAAUACAAGCCCAGCAAGCUGUGGCUUCCAGGUCCCCAGACGGAAGCCUGUCGAUGCCUUUCCCCCCCCCCUGAUCGAGAGGAGAGGAGAGGAAGGAGGCUGGAGGGUCAAGGGCAGCCGCCAACACCGUGAAAGAGAGAGGCAGCCUGAGUUGGGGGAAAGGUCCCCAGCCAACACUUCCUCAAAAGAAGGAGAAGAGCCUUAAAAUGAUUUGUGAAUAAGAGCCAUUUUUAAAACCCAAACCUUGGAUUGCAACAGCAGUGGCCUUCUUCACCAGGGCCCUUUUUCUUUUACUUCCCUUUCUGUCUCUCCCCCCCCCCCCGCCCCCUUGUCUUUUUAAAUCCUGUUCCUUUAUUAUAAGAAAAUUGUUGCAAACAAAAGACACAAUUAUACAGUGCCCGAGAACUCAGGAGAUGGCUUUUUAUGUGCUUGAAGAGGAAAAUAUUUGUUGGGGCUGUGGCCACUCUGAAGAUAUGAUGGGGGGUGGGGGUUGAGCAGUGUUCUCUCGCCCCCUGCCUGGUGGGCACAAUGCCUCUGUCCUCUGACAGGUAUGGCUUCAUUUCUUCAUUUUCUUAGCACCAAGGGCUCCAGCCUGCCACAACUAGCAGCAGCAGUGCCUGCCUCCUGAACAGCUGUGCGGACAGCAGUCGCGCGGCCCAGUCUGCUGGAGGCAUGUGCUUUUUUGCAGAGCUGACCCUUCCCUGAGAACUGACCGUUGCGGUGCUUCGGGUUCUGGCAGCACGGCAGGGAAUGGCGUUACGCAGAUGCUCUUGCCUGGCUGCUGAAUCACAGGGUCUGGGCCAAACUGCUUCUUGACCCUUCCGAGCAAUGCCACUUGCUGCUUAGUCAUUUGCAAAGCAGAUGUUUGUUUUUGAAGGGUUUGACGUGCUUUUUUUUUAAUCAAGUGCCUUAGAAAUCUAUUUUUCCCCUGUACGUAGAGAAGUGUGACAUGUCGAAAUAAAAAGGGAGGCGUUCACCCUUUCCCCUGUCCCUCUUCCUUUCCAUUAUUCUCCUCUUCUUUGCUGAAUCUCUGCUGAGUAGAGCGCCGUCCACUCAAGUGGCUGGGUGUAUUUCUAACACCGUCACGUGCAUGGCUGUGCCACACUGGAGGCACAUUGCAGACCAGCAACAGAAAAGUUUACAACGGCCCCGUUUCAAUUCCCUGUGCCUUUGAGCCCAGGUCUUGGCACUGGCUUUCAAGCCGCCUUCUCUAGAGGAGUCCAAACAGCUUCAGCAGCGUGUGUGAGAUUGCCAGAAUAAGCAGUCAGAAUCAGGAGCAGAACUUCAGAAAUCUUUGACAGGGCAACACCUUGCAGCUGAGGUCUAAACCUGUAUGCCAUCGUUUCGUUGUGGGGUGCUGGCAUGACAUCCUGUGCUGUGACGUUGUGCUGCCGAGCUGAUGCUCUCUCUCUCUCUCCCAUAGGCACUGAACCAUCAAGGCUGUGAGUAGUUUCACACAUUACAUUUUUGCAUGCAUGCCUUAAGAAUAUUUUUUAAGUGUACACCUGAAAAUGCCAGUGGCGAUUGCAACAAACAUGUCUUUGCAAAACGUGUGUUUUGUACAUGCGCGCUUGUUAGGGGCUCCUCUCAAGCAUGCUGACUUGUAGUGUGUGAAACAGCUGUUAAAAAAGCUUUGAACAAACACGUCCAUCGUGAUGCAUAUCCUUGCUUUUGGGUGUCUCUGGUGCUCCCCAUCAUUUGUAUGAGUUGCAGCAAGAUGCCACAUCAGUACACAGUUAGUACACAGCAGCAUGGGGAGCAUUAGGUUUGUUCUAAAGCACACCCUUGGUUCAUACAGGGCCUCAAAGGCCUGGACAACGGUUUGUGCACAGAUGCAGUGCCAACAGUGCAUAGCAGUCCUCUUGCACUGCGAAGUUUGUGGCAUGUGUCAUCAAUCGCAGUUUGCAGUGUGCCACUUCCUUUUUUGUCUUCUGCUGGUCGCUGGGCCUGGCCUGGCCCCACUUUCAAGCAGAAAAGGCAGGCGUUGAUGGCUUUCCCAAGUCAAAGUGAAAACUGAGGGGCUUGCAUGACUCUGGGAUGUGCUUGUUCCUACUCUCUGCAUCCAAACCCCAACGUGAACUUCAAAGGCCUCUUGCGUUGAUGGAAGAAUAAUCAGGAGGCGUGGACAGUAGGGCUCCCAGGAGAUUGGGGGAGCAAGCCUAGAGAAGGUGGAGUUUCUGGAGGAUGUAAUGUCACUUUCUAGUGACACUCUAGGCAUUUCCUGUGAUACCUAUGAUAAUGAGCACAGCGACUAGUGGAAAUUCCUUGAGCAUCGCUAUUGACGCCAUUCCCCCCCCCCUCCCAUUUUUCUCCCACUUCUCAAAUUAUUAAGGGUGGAGGAUUGAGAACAAGGGUGGGCUGAUGCAUCACCUCCUAAGGAUCCACAUAUCCAGCCCUCUUUUUUGAGCCUCAGUACAGCCAGCAGUUUUGGGGUGCACCUCCAAUUUUAGUGGGCUGCUGAUGCCCCUGGGCACACGUGAACCGAGUGUGUUAUUUAGAAAUGCUGCAGGAGUUCCAGGGCCCAUGUGCUGGGCUCUCUGAGCAGACAAGCCACUUGGUGAUGAACUCCCUGGCUGCCAAAAGCUUGAACACCUCUGCCUUAAAAACCGCCCACUCUAGAAAGAGCACGGGCACCUUUUUCAAGCUAGAUGGGACACCCGUCUCUCUCCACCAUAUUCCAUAUACAAGCCCAUUUUUGUCUCACCUUCUGGCCAAAUGAGAUGUGCCAGCGGCAGCCCCCUGCGUUCAUGCACCUGCUCCUUAUGCAUGCAGAGCAUUGCACCUUGCUACACUCUCAGGGAUCGAGCACGUUCUCCUCAGCCCGGGUUGCUUGGCUGGGGGACGAGAGAGUCACGUUGCCGAGGGUGGCACGAUAAGGUGGGGAAGGAUUUAGGUCCCCUCACCUCCUUGCUUCUUUUCGUGUCAAAAAACGACAACCUGGACCCCUCCCCUCGCCUGCUUUAUAUGUGAAUGGGACAGACAUCUGUUCAUGCCCUGCGUUUUCCAGCUGGGCCCUGGAAGAAACCAAGAAUCAUCAUCAAACGUUAAGGGUCAUUUUGCGGACAGAUCUCCGCUACUACUGUUCUAUACAGGGAGAAGCUCGAUCCAGCCCUAAUGAACCAUAUUUAAUUCCUAGUGAUUUCAAUGGGAGAGUUAAGCACAUGCUUACCUUUGGCUGGACCGUGUCCCCACUUGCUUUCUCUUACGCUCAUGUGAAGAAGGGAAGGAGGACAGAGGACUGGGGCUGCAUCUGUAAAGGUCACCUGACAAGAGUCCUAGAUCUAUUAAACAGUAACGUGUCCGUGUGUAGUAGGCAUACAGAGAGUGAGAGCUCGUGGAUACAUCUAUUUUGCUUAGAUAUGUGUUUGCGCAUCCUUGUGAGUUCUCUGUACGUGUUAUAUUUGUGAAUGGUUCUGUGUGGAACUACUCGUGUCUUUUACCUGAGACCGGAGGAUACCAAUUGACCUUGGUGUGAAUUCCACAGGGGUUCGGUGCAAACGGCAUUCCGUGGAAGGAACCAACUCCCUCUAGGAGAUCUCAUGUUUGGUAUCCCCCAUCCGUUGGCUGUGUGCACUAGAGGAGUGGAAUCGGGGCCAUAAUGCUGCAUAGCUGAUACCUCACGUACCUCCCUGCCGGGUGCUUUACUGUUCUAAUGCAGAAAACUGUGUUUGCUUGUACUUAAUAAGAAAGUGAGAAAUAAACUUUGGUGCGUAUUCAUGCCGACACAUCUUCGUUUGCAAAUAUAUGUUAUAUUUGCUGAUCCAUGUUCUUUGGUGAUUCUCCCCCACCCGCCCUUUCCUAAACACAAUCCAGCUCAGCCUCACCAAUGCCUUUGUUGAAGUACGUGCUCCUUUCCCACCCCACCCCACCCCACCCCACUGCCUCUCAAGGUUGUCUGGCCAUGGUCAAUGGGAGGGCUGCAUCAUAGCUAACCUUUGCUUAGUAGGGAGCUGUCAACACAGAAGCAGGGGGAGAAACAUCUGCUGGGGGAAAUGGUUACGCAGGAAGCGAAAUUUCUCACGUUUACCAGCUCAAGAUAGUUCAACCCUUUACUGGCUGAGCCAGACCAUGUGGACUUUAAAGCUUUUACUGUGAUUCUUCAGUGUUUUAAAAAAAGAAGCAAAUUCAAACUGUGUUUCUAUGAUUUGUAUAAAAGCCUUUUAAAAUUGCUAUUUAAUAAACAUUAUGGUAGAGAUCUUU